AUGGCGAAAGUUUUGAGCUUGUUUGUCCUGAUGAUGGCGGCGAUAGCGAUGUGCGAAGGUCGACGAGGACAUGGUGACAGGGGAACCCAUGAAGACUUCGCCAAGGACAAGAAGUCUCAUGGCUGCAACCAUGGAUGGAGCUCGGGAUGGGGCAAGGGUUGGGACUGUUGCGGUGGAGCGUGGGGGAGCCGACAAAGUGGCUGCGGGACAGGAUGGAGCUUUUUUGAUGGCAUGGGACUGGAUGGAAACGUGAUUAGACAUGCAACCGACAAGGUUCGAGAGCUCAAGUCGAGCAUGAAGCACAUGGUGGAAUCGAUGCACACGGUCGAUAUAACGCCCCUCUGCCCCCAUCUGAAGAAGAAGAAUGACGAGCUGGAAGAACUGCUGCACGACUGUGAACUCAAGGUCUCAAAGAAUCGUCUCAAGGAAGAAUCGAAGCGGGAGGAAACAGAGCAGAGCUGCCGAAGGAGAAUCAACGAGCUCGAGGAGAAGGUGGAAAGGGCCAAGGACAGGGGACACAACAAGAAAGACAGGCUGAGAGAUGCGCUGAGCGAGAACAAGAUCCUUAGAGCAAGACUUGAUGCAUGCUCGGAGCAGAUGGUUGACUUCACUGCCAAGCUGAGGGAUGCGGAGAGCAGGUUGAUGGCUGCGAACGAGCUGCUGAGGAAGGCGAAGGGAGGAGGUGCAAUUCAGUCUGUUCCCGACAACGAGGUGGAGCAGACAUUGAGUUCAAAACCUGUUCUUGUCGAUGUAAAGAUUGCCCGUGUCUCGAGCGAAGGCCUGACCCCCGACGAGCCUCCGUCCGAGAAUGCAGCUCCCUCCGACAUCGGACAAGUGAAAACGAUGAGCAACGUGAAGGAGAGCAUGCUUGAUGUCUGGCUGCUCCUAGUGUGCUUGAUCUUGAGCGGUGUCUUCUGCAGCAUGCCGUCGGAGCAUGAAGAGCAACCGGCUAUCGCAUGUGAACGUGAAGGUCAGGAAAGAGAUGGAGAGCAGGACGAGGCCAAGGAAGAGGGUCAGGCUGUGGAUCAAGAUGAGGACAAGCAGGAAGAGGAAGAGCUAUCGGAGAAGCGACAUGAAAGAAGGGAGAGUGGACCCACGAACGAUGAGGAGGCCGAUGACCUCGACGCUGAUGACGACCCGGAGGACUUUGCAAGAUCUUCUUUGGUAGAGCCGAAGCCCUCUGCUGUAACGGGAGAGCGACGCGAUGCUGAGGGAGACGACAUCUUGCAGUCAGAUGGAGCAGCUAGGAGGGGAAGCUGUGCCGAUGAACCGGAACAUGUUGAGAUGGUAGCCCAGGAGGGACAAGGUCAAGUUCAACACGAUGGAGAAGAAAGCAUUGCAGCAGGUGAAUGGCAGGCGGGAGAGGGAGAAAAGGCAAGAGAAGGAGGACGAGCAUCGACAGGGGAACAGGGAGGAGCAAAAGAGGAAGGUGAUCAACAGAAGAGCACAGAUUUGGCCAACGGAGAGCAGAAUAGCGAUGGUCAGACGACCAAGGGGGGGGAUGAUUUCGGCAAGGGAGCAGGAGCAGAAGCAGAAGCGAAUUCCUUCCGCGAAGUUGAAGAUUUUUCUGCCCGACAUGAUGUCAUGACGGGUGGACGUGAAAGAUAA